AUGACUGGAUUUUCGUCUAGAAAUGGCUCCGUCGAGCCGCCGGAUGAGAGACAGGCUUUGAUCAGCGAUACAGCUCGUAUUAACUCUGGAUUUCGCCAGCAACGUCAGAAGCCUCGACACCACUGGUCUCAUUGGCCUAGACGUGUUGCUCAUUUAACAUGGUCGACCCUUGUCCGCGAUUAUGUCAACGUCCUUCUCAUUUUCGUGCCUCUGGGCAUCAUCGCGGGUGUUCUGCACUGGGAUAGCACCGUCAUUUUUACGCUCAAUUUCUUAGCAAUUAUUCCUCUGGCCUCGCUCCUGAGUUUCGCAACCGAGGAGCUGGCCGCGACGAUGGGUCAGGCUCUAGGUGGUUUGAUGAAUGCAACAUUUGGCAAUGCCGUUGAGUUGAUUGUUAGCAUAAUAGCUUUGAAAGACAACCAGAUUCGAGUUGUUCAAGCCAGCAUGCUGGGAAGCAUUUUGUCCAACAUCUUGCUCGUCCUUGGAUGUUGCUUCUUCAUUGGUGGAUUACGUUACUCCGAGCAAACCUUUAACAGUACAGUAGCAUCAACCAUGUCUUCGCUGAUGACUGUCGCGUCCGCUUCUCUUAUCAUUCCUGCUACGCUUUAUGCCUCUCUGAGCGGGUCUGACAAGGGGGAAAGGAGAGAUAACAUCCUGAUUCUUUCCCACGGAACUGCCAUCAUUCUUUUGAUACUCUAUGUGAUGUAUCUAUACUUCCAGCUCAAGUCGCACGCGGAUCUGUUCGAAGAAGCCAACAACGAAAUCAAUGAUGCCGAGAACCAAGCAGGAGACGCGGGAGCGGAAGAAGAAGAGGAAAGACUGCUCAACCCAUGGGCUGCCACAGUUGCUUUGAUCAUCGUGACAAUUCUAGUGGCUAUCUGCGCCGACUACCUCGUAGGUAGUAUCGACAGCAUUGUACAGAAGACUGGCAUGAGUCGUACGUUCAUUGGUCUUGUUUUGAUUCCCAUUGUCGGCAACGCUGCCGAGCAUGUCACCGCCGUGGUUGUUGCUUGGAAGGGCAAAAUGGAUCUAGCUAUUGGAGUUGCCAUCGGAAGCAGCCUCCAAAUUGCGCUGUUUGUUACUCCCUUCCUCGUCAUUCUUGGCUGGAUCAUGAAUGUGGAUAUGACAUUGCAUUUCCAUAUCUUCGAGACUGUCGCGUUCUUCAUCUCUGGUUUGGUCGUUACUUUCCUGAUUCAGGAUGGGAAGUCUAACUACCUUGAAGGCGGGCUAUGUCUGGGAAUGUACAUCAUUCUCGCUCUUGCUUUCUACGUGUAUCCGGACAGUGCUAGCGACGAUGCUCUGUUCAAUAAUUGA